GCAUGCCAACUAGACUGCCUGCCCUGAGAGCAGUGUCGCUACCUCUGACAGAAAAGCGUGAGCAGUGUUUUAUUAUUAUUUCUGUCAGUUUAUUAAACCUACACGUCCCGUGUCAUAUAUUUACGUUUAUCACAUUUAGAUGUUAAAACCGAUGCGAAACGAGAGUGCUAGCCUGCGUUUAGCCUAGCUAGUUUUAGCUGUUACAGCCGUGUGGCCGCUGUCAAGCCACCAUCAGGGUCAUCCUUCUGCGGACAGGGGUUGCAUGAGGUUGCUGUUUGGCCACAGAAAGAAUGGCCAGCCCAAAUGAUCUACACUUCCAAGAGUUUGAGGAAGCAGCAGAGCUGUUGUCUGCAGAUCCAAAGGCCUCCACACUCAGUAUGUCUGCCUCAGACACCUCUGCUACAGCAGGAGGAGGAGAGGAUGUGAAAUUAGACCUGUCGGAGGAUGAGGAGGGUCAGGAGGAGAGUUCAGAGUUGUUAGGAGGACAGAAACCAAGUGGUGGCUUCUGGACCUUUGAGUACUAUGAGUCUUUCUUCAAUGUGGACACAGUGCAGGUACUGGACAGAGUUAAGGGAUCAGUGUUGCCGUUACCUGGAAAAAACUUUAUCAAACACUACCUUAGAUCUAACCCAGAUCUAUAUGGUCCAUUCUGGAUCUGUGUGACGCUGGUGUUCUCAGUAGCGAUAAGCGGGAACCUGUCCACCUUCCUCAGUGAGAUGGGAAACCCCGCCUACCAUUACAGACCACAGUUCCACAGAGUAACGAUAGCUGCGGUAGUGAUCUUCAUGUAUGCCUGGCUGGUGCCAAUCGGUUUAUGGGGUUUCCUGACCUGGCGGCAGGGGGCUGAGAGGCAGAUUGGAGGCUAUUCCUUCCUGGAGACAGUGUGUGUCUACGGUUACUCCCUCUUCAUCUAUAUUCCCACCUCAGUCCUGUGGAUCAUCCCAUUUGAGUGGUUACGCUGGACACUGAUCCUGGUUGCCAUGAUUAUCUCCGGCUCAGUCCUGGUCCUCACCUUCUGGCCUGUUGUCCGUGACGACACCAAGGUGAUGGCUGUGGCUACAGUCGUGACCAUAGUGGUUUUGCACACGCUGCUGGCAAUAGGCUGUAAGAUGUACUUCUUCCAGACAGCAAUACAUGUACCAACACUCAUCCCUACAACCCCCUCCACUCACAUCACACUGGCCACCAAUUCCCACUGACCGAGGGAAAAGGAAGGAGAGUGGGCAGGGGAGAGGAAAUGAAGGCUGUUAUGUCUGGAAUCACAGACCGAUAUAUAACCAUGUAUAGACAAGCUGGUUGAGGCAAUGUUGACUAUUGCCACUGUGUGAUUUGUUUCAUGUUCCCUUCAUGCGCUGGAAUGGGUGUGUGUGGUUGUUUGUCUAAUUUAUCUUGAGGUUGGUUUCACUGUAACUGAAGUAGCAUUUGUUCCUCUGCAAUAACUGUGCAUUUCUACUGUGAUGUGCUGCAUGUAGACUGUCUAGAAUGAUUUCCUUAACGCUGUGAACUCAGCAGCAAGACAGACACUAAAUAAGAGAAAUUAACAAUGACUCAUCAUUAUUUAAUGAAUGAUUUAUGAAAUACUAAAAAACUGUGAAUACAGAGUCCAUAACAAUUCCUUAAAGCCCAAGGUGACAUCUUCAAAUUCCUUAUCUGGACUAAAAGCCAAAAGAUAUUAAAUUUAUAAUUGUAUAAAUCAAAAUAUAGAAUGAAAUAUAAUUAUUAUAUUUGAUUUUGGGUGAAAUUUCAACAAUAAGUCAACAAGUAUUGGGUGGAAACACUGGACAUUUUGACUUGUUACAGGAAACAGGAAAAAUACAACAAAAGAAGAUGACACUAACAGUGGCUCUAAUCUAAUCAAGCGGUGACAGUAAGUUAGUCACCGGUCAUUUUAUUGACACCUUCAAAUUGUCAAGCUGUUAUUACAGGAAACCAAGUAGGAAAACUGUUCACUUCAGUCUCUGAGUUGGAGGUGUUGGGAUUAUGUGACAGCAGUUGGUGAAGAGAACUGGAGAGGUGUCAGUAACCAAAGCUGGCAAAAUGGCUGCAAAGCCACCACUGGCAAUUGCAUGUAAAUAAAAUAGAGUAUUACACAGUAACAUAGCCAAUUCAACCAAUUGAAGAGGAGCUAAAUAGUGUGUUUGUAUUUGGUUUCACUAGUUACAAACACAGAAAAGCAGCUAAAUGCAGUGACUACAAGGCUAGCAGAUGCUAACGCCAUAUUUGUUGCAGAAAGUCAAUAACGUUGAUGAUCCCCUGAAGUCUUGUCCACCGAGAUCAAGUUACUUUAGUUUACGACCAAAUACUUUCAACAGUAAUGGCAUUCCCAUCAGCCUCUUGUGUUUAGUGCUAAUUAGCCAUUGUUAGCAUGUGAACAUGGUAAACAUGUCUGCUGAACAUCAGCAUGUUAACAUUGUUAUUUUCUAUUUUUGAUGUUGCAUGGUUUAUGUUAUGUUUAAGUUAGCAUUAGCUAAGUUGUCUUAGUGCAGUCGCACAGAGCUCUGGUUGUAAACUCAGUCUUGUUCAUUGAUAAAUGCUAUGACAACUCAUUUUCUGUCUACCUAUUAUUUGAUUACCUGAUUAAUCCUUCCAGCACCAAGUGAAACCUUAUAAUUCCACCUCAAUCACACAUUUGAAUGUCGUAAAGCUGAAGCAACAGCUUUCAGCAAAUACUGUAAAAUUAAGACUUAACACUUAUUUAUUGUUGAAAAUUCAAACACUGAAUCGCGUGAGCUGCUUGUUUCAGUCACGGAUGUAGGAAAGGAAGUUAUUCUGGACUAAUGCAGUGUAGGACUCCUGCUGAUGCACCACAUCACUCAGCCUCCUAACUUUCAUCUACAAAAUGACUUCAGUCGUGUUGUUUGCAUAGAUGAUUUAUUGUAAACUGAGGAAAAUGUUUGUGUCUGCGUAACCCCCACUGUGAUGCUGUUUAGGGUGUUUUGUUAAUAAACAGACUCUGUGCUGCUAA